UUUUGUGAAGUUUUACUGUAUUCCCUCAAGUGUCGCCUAUAGAAAUUUUAUGCUAAACAAACAUUUUUGGCGUCCCAUGUCUCUCAGUUCGUGUUGUGCUUUCGGAUCGGUUGGCUCGCUCGUUUUAUUCCGGAGAAAGCAAAGCUGUUAUCCAUCGCCUAUAUAAUUUUAGAAUCUAUUUUUGUUUAUCAAUAUAAAGUACAUAAUUAUAUGUAGUGGCACACUAAGAACCGAGAAAGUAAAAAAUAGUUACCCAGAAAGUUGACAGAGUCGUGCAGGAGCUGAGUAAAUAUCAGUCUUCUGAUAUCCAAGUGAUGUAACCACGAGGAUUCGCUCUCCUGCUCAUUGGACAUCGGUUUCUGCGUCGCAUUUUGUUUACUUUCUGAGAGAAAACCAAAACAGAGACAUGUCUAAGAAGUGCACUGUGCGAUCGCUGAGCGACAGCGCCCUGGCAGAGCUGGCCAACUUGUUGGUGUCCACCAUCAGCUAUGUGCAGUAUGCUCCGGAUGUCCAUCUGGACAUCAACAUUGUGAUGGUGGAGCUUAAUGAGUAUCUGACCCAGCUGGGAGCCACCCCCAAUAUUUAUCAGGAUCUGUUAAGGGUGAUCCUCAGUUCGGAUUACCUAGAGGCCAAUAUGAGAUUCACCUGUCUCCAAAUGCUGCUCAACUGCGGGGUAACCUUUCUGGUCACAGAAGUGUUUCCCUUCAGCUACUACGAGAAGAUUCUGCAGGUGAUUGCAGCUCAAGGAGCUGGACUGCGAGUGCUGAAUAUCAAAGGAAUCUGGGUAAAGGAGGAGCAUAUGCACUACAUGUACGAAAUAGUGCGAAGAUGCAAGCAACUGGUGAAGCUAUAUGUGCCCUAUAUUGCCAAUGAUCGUCUGCUGGAGGAGAUUGGAAAGUGCUGCACGAGGCUGCAGAUCUUGGACAUUUCCGGUGAAACAGACAUCACGGAAAUCGGCAUUGAUGCUUUAGCCAAAGGAGUCUGUGGCCCAUCCUUAACAGUUGUGGAUGUGGGCAUGCCCGGGGAGGAGAAUAUUUGCUAUUCCGAUAUAGCCCUGAUCCUGGAACACUGUCCACAUGUGGAGACUCUGUCCACGUACUCUUUCGUGGGAGCCGCCUUAAAAUUCAUUUAUGAUAAUGUUGAUGAUCGCUUCAAGUGCCGGUUGAAAUAUAUCCACGAUACAGGCACGGAUGAGGCAACCCUCCAGGUGAUCAUGCAGACAUGUCCACGACUGGAGACUCUCUAUCUUGAUUCCCCCAAAACGGGAUGCCUCACUCUGCAUACCCGUUCCCUAAGAAAAUUAAAAAUCUACAAGUUCGUGGUGGCUGAGUUACUUCCUCUACUGGAGCGACCCAUUGGACAAAAUCUGCGACAUCUCACGAUGAUCAAGGGGUCGGGAAAUCUCGAACUGGGAAAGCUGGCUCGUCUGUGCCCUUUGAUCGAUCUUGACUGCUAUAUGAUCGAUAGUCUGUCAUAUGUACAAGCUAAUGUUAAAUUUCAUCAGCUUGAGGGAUUGGAGAUCUUAAGUAGCACCAUCAUGACGAGCUCCUUGAAGGCCUUCCUCUGCCAUUCCACAGAUCUGAAGCGACUGGCUGUGGACACGGAUCUUACAGAUGAGGAUAUAGUGAGCAUAUUUAUGCAGCAUGACUUUAAGUUAUUGGAGGAUAUUUGGUUCACUCUUGCUCCAGAACUGACUGUGACCUCAGUGGAGUUACUAAUGGACUGCUGCCCGGAACUGCAGUCUGUGGGCCAAUUAACCGGAUGGUCCUUGACGCCCGAUGAUCUGGCGCUGAUUCGAGGACUCUUAAAGAGCGGCAAUUCGAGCAUUCGCCUACAAUAGCCCUAAUGCUGCUGCCUUACUCCCAGCAAGGGGAUCAAACGUUUUUGUAAACAAUUCAAGUGUUGUGUAU